AUGGUGUUCUUUUUCUUCUUCCUUUUUCUUUCUUGCUCCCCUGAUGUCUGCCUCCCCAAACUUCUUCCUCUCUCUCUCUCUCUCUCUCCCCUCUCUCUCCCUCUCUCUCUCUCUCUCUCUCCCACUCUCUCUCUCACUCUCUCUCUCCUCUCUCUCUCACUCUCUCUCUCUCACUCUCUCCUGAUGUCUGCCUCCCCAAACUUCUUUCUCUCUCUCUCUCUCACUCUCUCUCCCCUCUCUCUCCUCUCUCUCUCUCACUCUCUCCUGAUGUCUGCCUCCCCAAACUUCUCUCUCUCUCACUCUCUCCUGAUGUCUGCCUCCCCAAACUUCUCUCUCUCUCACUCUCUCUCUCUCUCUCACUCUCUCACUCUCCCACUCUCUCUCUCACUCUCUCUCUCUCACUCUCUCCUGAUGUCUGCCUCCCCAAACUUCUCUCUCUCACUCUCUCUUGAUGUCUGCCUCCCCAAACUUCUCUCUCUCUCUCACUCUCUCCUGAUGUCUGCCUCCCCAAACUUCUUCUCUCUCUCUCUCUCCACUCUCUCUCCUCUCUCUCCCCUCUCUCUCCUCUCUCUCCCUCUCUCUCUCCUCUCUCUCUCUCUCUCUCUCUCUCUCUCUCUCUCUCUCUCUCUCUCUCUCUCUCUCUCUCUCCUCUCUCCUGAUGUCUGCCUCCCCAAACUUCUCUCUCUCCUCUCUCUUGAUGUCUGCCUCCCCAAACUUCUCUCUCUCUCUCACUCUCUCCUGAUGUCUGCCUCCCCAAACUUCUUCCUCUCUCUCUCUCUCACACUCUCUCACUCUCUCUCUCACACUCUCUCUCACUCUCUCUCCCACUCUCUCUCUCACUCUCUCUCUCUCACUCUCUCCUGA